AUGAAUCUACGUUCUUGUGAUAGUAACACGAUAAAAUUGAUUAAACAACAAGUUGAGAAGUUGGUGAAGUUCAUAAAUGCAUACAGGUGGAUAAUCAAUGCUUACAUAUCGGAUUUUUUCACAGACGGACAAUGGGAUAGACUUCCAGAGGGCUGGAGGGAUGGAUUAUCACAACUUGACCCUCCUGAUCUAGCUUUUCUUCUUGACUGCUCAUUGCCUGUCCCAAACAGGAAAGAUCUUCCUUUGACUUUGCUAGCAUUCAGAGAGUCUACACAUGCUCUCUCAUUGUGCAGAAAAGAGGUAGAUCUGGAGCAUGAUACAGUUGGUGAAGGACUUUUUACAGCUGAUCCAAACAAUGAAAAGAAGAUAAUAGUUUCACCUUAUUCUGAUGUCACAACUCAGAAACAGGCCAGAGCUGACAUCAAAUGUGGACAAUACCUUCCACUCAAUGCCUGCUUUCGUGCAAAUGUGAAACCCAAAAAACAGCAUGAGAUAUUACAACUUGGAAAGGCAAUACAGCUCUUGGGAGGUCACUGUCACUGUGAGCAUGUGGUAGAUGUUGGGGCAGGUAAAGGUCACCUGUCCAGACUUCUUGCAUUCGGUUAUGGGUUCAAAGUCACCACUGUAGAAGCUGCAGACAGCCAUGCACCAAAAGCAAAGAAAAUAGACAAGGCCAUUCAAAAGAAAAUACAUAGAAAGUUAAAGAGAAAACUUUUAACAGAUCAGGACCAAGGAACUGACUCAAAAGACAGUAUCAAAGAGGACUUAUCAGCCAUCAAUAAAACUUCUCUACCUGAUCAUGUGACCUGUGUCAUCCAACCAGGAACAAGUGCUGAUCAGUUUUUGGAAAUAGUCAAAGACUCUUACAAAAAGCAGUCUAAUUGUUUAAAUUAUGAUGGGGUAGGAAAAUUGCCAAAUGAAAAUCCUUCCAAUCUGUAUAUAGAAUCAGAAUUAGAAGAUUCAGAACACUGUUCAAAUCAUUGUGUCUCAAAAAAGAACUCUUUUAGAGACGGAGUGGAAGAAGACGCUAGGACAAGACACCAAGAAGAAUCAGAUGACAAAUUAAUUGGUGGCAAGUCAAAUCCAAGUCCAAAGUAUACAACUGCUGAUGUUGACCUGUCCCAGUUGAGGUUACCUCCUGAUGACCUUUCUGAAUCAAGGUCACCUGUACCUAGCGAUGAAUUAGAGCUAAACUCUAGACUUCCUGAUGAUCUAUCUCAUUUUCUCUUGACUGGUCUCCAUGCCUGCGGUGAUCUAACCCCCACCAUGCUGAGAAUUUUUGCCCAGUGUCAAGACGUUGUUGGUGUGGCCUCAGUGGCGUGCUGCUAUAUGAAGUUAUCCUGCACUAGAGAGGGAGGAAUGGAGGACAGCAGUAGUGAUGUGGGGUAUCCCAUGAGCCAGUUCACUAGAAAUCUCAGCGACAGUUACCUGAGUUUUGAGGCCAGAGAAAUGGCUUGUCACUUUGCAGAUUCCUACAAAGAAAGACUCAUUGCUAACCCACCGAACCUGAAGAUGCACUGCUACAGAGCAGCAUUACAGUACAUCAUUAGACAGAUACAGCCAGACUUCAUUCAGGGCAGUGUACGACUCACAACCAAAUACACAGAGAAUCUGUCAUUUGAAAGCUACGUUAAAAAUGGACUGCAGAGAUUAGGUUUGGAUUACACUAGUGUUCCAGUCCAGGUUAUGCAGCAGGCAGAGAGUUAUCUCCCUUACUGGCAAAACGUGGUGGCCUUCUACACCCUACGGUUGUCGCUUGGCCCGGUAGUGGAGAGUCUCAUCCUUCUAGACAGGAUGCUGUUCUUGUAUGAACAAGGUAUACCAAGUGUCCUGUUACCUAUAUUUGACCCAGCCCUCUCACCAAGGAACUUUGUGCUGCUGGCUUUGAGGAAUAUUUCUACAGGCAUCAACAACUCAUAACUGUUCUGAUGUGUUCUUCAUCAAAACUUUCUGCCAUUGGCUUUGAUGGAAAGUCUCUCCGACAUCAAUGCUUUCUUACCAAUUUUAUGUGUCUUAACCAAGAGGCUGUGGACCUCUGGUCUUUAGGAAGUAACGAAAAACCAUUAUUUUGGGAUCAAUCACUGAUAAAAUUGUUACUUUUUGAUAUCUAGAAAAUAUAGUAACUAGAAGUCACUUCCUGAUAAACCACCAAAACCAUGAAUAAAAUUUUACAUAUCGAUGUCUAGAAAAUAUACAUUGUAUGAGAUAUAACUAUGAUCAACCACCAAUAAAAAUUGACGCUUUUUGAUAUCUACUAAAUAUAUAAAACUUACCACAUGACAAACCACCGAUAAGUUUUCACUUUUUAUACACCUAUCUAAAAUUUUGACAUAACAUAUGGCAUUGUCCAUGCAUCAUAACAUUUAUUUGUUCCGAGAUCUCCCAGUUUUCUACUUAUCUUUUUAAAAUUAAGCAGGCUUAAUCACUAUUAUUGCCCCUUGUUGUUUCUCAAAACAUCAAUCUUCGUUUACAACUAAUUUCUUUAUUUCAAAAUAUAGGAGGAAUAUAAGAAUGUUUUUUUCAACAAAUAAAGGGGUUUUUUGCUAGUUUUGAGGCAAAAUAUAUGAGUUUUUUGCUAGUUUUGUGGCAAAAUAUAGGAGUUUUCCAAACAAAAAUUGUUUCAUUCAAAGACAUUUAUACUAACAAUUCCUACCUUCACUUACUAUUUCUAUAUUAAUCAAUGAUUAAAAACCAGGUUAAAGUAACCAUUCACUUCAACAGAAUCACAAUCCAGGCAGAGAGCUGUUGCAUAGCUCGUCAUCAUCUGAAUGGGCACCUAAAAGGCCAAUAUUCUGUUGUACUGCCUUGUAAGGUGUCCAUACAGGUGAUAAAGAGAUGCACUGAAUCAUUUCUGGUGGCUGGUGACGCUGUUAAAGACUUAAGAAUUCUGUAACUUGUGAAAUAAAGUAGCCAAAAGCAGUAUCAAAGAAAUAUUUACACUCUCUACAUUUAUCGGCGACAAAUUUCCUGAAAAAUAUAGGAAUAUUUGAAAAAAAAAGAUAGGAAAAUAUAGGAAAUAUAGGUCUUUCAAAACAGGUUUAUAAAAAUAUAGGAAUAUAGGAAUCUGUUGACAGCCUGCAGUUUUUACCAAUUUCUUUGAAACUUGGUAGACUUUAUCAUUACAUGAAACUGUGUUGUCCUUUAUGGUAAUGCAAUUUUACAAUUUUGGGAAGAGCUACAGCCCUUUGCUGUUUCUUUUUUACAAACAUUUUUAUCCAAUUUAUCAUUAAAACAAAUAGAAGUGUUUUCUCUCUAGAUAUUUUGACUCAUUAUUACCUUUUUCAUAUUUGUAUUCAUUUUGAUACAAUAAAUCUUACUUAAUGAAACUUCUUAAUGAUAUUUUCCAGCACAGGUUUGUUAAGGAUCCUCUUUGUUGGACUCAUAAGAAUUGUUAUUGUAAUUAUAAAUGUCUUGUCCGGUAGUUAUACGUAUUGCCCCCUUAUAGUCACACUUUAUUUCCUGCCCAUUCCAGCAGUCAUCCAGUUUGUUUUUGAAGCUGUUUAGUGUAUUGGAAGUUACAAUGUGGUCAGGCAAACUGUUCCAUACAGCUGUUGCUCUAAUGGAGAAGGGGUUUUUCCGUAAUGAUGUUCUGGCAUGUUUUGGGUAUAUUUUCAGUGAGUUAGUUUUUGUGCUGGAUCUCCCGGAAGUAUCGGACCACAUCCUUAAAAACUGUGUUGCCCCCUCAUCAUAUUUUCCUCUAACUGCCUUGUACAUCUCUAUCAUAUCACGUGGAAAGUGCCUGUAGGUUAGUUCUUCUGUUAUUCUUAUGAUGUGGGGUUCUGCAUCUCUAAUCCUGGUUUCAAACUCUUCCAUUUUAUUUUUCAACUGGUUUGCAUUAGCAUAGCAACAUUUAAGUUUUUCAACAAACUUGAAAACACUAUUUAAACUAUUUACAUUGUUUUUGUUUUUAUCAACUCCCUUACUUGGCCCUCUUACUCUGUUGGGAUCAGAAGGAGACGGAGUCCUGGAACUCCUUCUAGACCGUUGUUUUGAGCUCUGGGAACGUCCUGAUUUUUUUUUAACAUUCUGCGACCCUCUGUCCUGUUUCCGCCUGUUGCUGGCGUUGGUUCCAGCCAUUUCGAAGUUGUUUCUUCAAGAAUAUCCAAUAAAAUCAAUGUAAACUUAAUAAAAGAAUAGAGCUCUACCUACUCUUAGUAUUUGUUACUAGUUAGGUACAAUAAAUAAGCUUUUAUACUUGUUCUAGCCCUUUUCACCUGGAAAUUUGCCGGAGCUUGAGAAAAUUCAUGUUUACUGGUCAACCAAAAGUCUGGAGUAUUUCUUUGGUGUGGGCACACAUAUAUUUUGCUUCGAUUGUUGGCCUACAUACCCUCUAAUGGAUAAGAUCUGAGGUACCUGGCUUGACAUUCCCUACCCAUUGUAGUUUGUUUUUCUCAGGAAGUUGAGAAAUGGAUUGCUCUGUGCUGACAUGGCUGUGUCCUUGGGUAAAACAAUUAAUUGAGGAUAUAAAAGUUCGGCCUGAUUUUAACUGGUUAAAGUAAAAUAAAACACAACAGCUCAA